ACAAGAAAAAGAAGAGGGAGGGAGAAGAGGAGGAUGGGCGCCUGCCCUCCCCUCUCCUCCUGGACCUCAAACAUUGCCCAGAAAUAAAUCCCGGGAAGUAGCCCCGCAAAACUCCGAGGUGAAUUUGCAGGAUGGAGUUUCACGGCCGCGCUGAGUGGGGCUCCCCCCCGCCCUGCUUCUGCCCAAGCUGACAAGGCAGCCCCCCCCCCCCAAAUCCACCCCGGAAAGGUGCAAAAAGAGAAGCCCACGAGGCAGCGCCGACCAGCCAGAGCCCGUCCCCUCCCUCUCUUCCUCCUCCAAUCCUCUCGAAAGGAGCCGGGGUGGCGAGGACAGCCAGCCGGGAGGCCGCCGGGGCUACGGGAGAGAGCAAAGGUGGGGAGGGCCGGCGAGGACGGAUUGGAAGGAGGCUUCCCUGGGGCCAGCCGAGAACUGGCAGCUUUGGAAGCAGAGGGAGAGCGAGCCACAGCCAAAGCUCCCCCCUCCCGGAGAGCCCAAGGAGGGGGCGGCUGGGGGAGGCUCCCUGCGCCCUCCCCCGCCGCGCACACGCACUCACACACACUCACACUCACACACGCGCCCGCGCGCACGCACACACACACUCACACACUCACAGCAGUCUGCUGUCGGCUGCCAGCUGCGAUCUCCUCCGCUCUCUCUCAGUCGCCUGGACUCCCCGAGCCCCUCUGAAAGCUGGGGCCGGGCGCGCACGCUUCUGCCGGGGAGCCCUGCGGAGAGGCCGGCCGCAGAGCCUCGGGGCCGGCCCGGGAGUUUAGCGUUCGCCCGGUGCUGCGGCCGAGGUUCGAGGUACCCUAACGCUCAAGGGGGCAGCUCCGGGCGCCCGGGCAGCCGAGUGCCCGGAGCAGGGGGAGCCUGCGGCGGGGCGCGGGGCCCGACAGCGCCCGGGGCGCUCUGAAGUUGCAGGGACACGCGCCAGAUGGCCGUGGCAAGAGGAACCGGAGGGGAGCGGUGGUGGCAACAGCGGCGGCAGCAGCAGCAGAGGCGGCGGCGGCGGCAGCAGCCCUAGGAAGCUUCGGCUCCCCAUGCGUUGAGCUGGGCACCGUGAAACAGGCGCUAGCAGUGCGCACGGCCCGGGGCGGCUGAACGGAGCGCUCCGAGCGCUCGGGACCCCCCCACCUCGCGCCCCGAUCCCGGCUCGGGACGGAAGCCGUAGGCCCCCUCCCCUCAUCUUUCCAGAACCUGAGUCGACCCUCUCUGCCGCCUGCCAGGGCUGGCUGCCUCCCCACCCCGCUUGCUGCCCAGAGGACUGAGAAGGGGAUUCCGGCGCGGGGUCGGGGAGGGGACGUCCCCUCGGUCCAUGGCUCGGGAGCCCCCCCGAGCUUGACCCGGGGCGCCCAGCCGCCCGCAGCUAGGGGAGAGCCGGUGCGCCCCGGGGAGGAGCCCGAAGGCAGGAGACGGAAGGACCUAGAUGGGUGAAGCGAGAGAGGCAGGUGGAGCAGCAACCUCGGCGCAGAGGGGAAGGCGGAGGCAGAGAGAGCGGGGCGGGCGCCGCAAGUUCCCGUGAGAGGCAGAUCCACAGACAGACAAACCCCUACACCGACCGAGAGACACCCAGAUACCAAAGAGCCGGGAAGCCCGGAGCGGCUGGUUUGGCAAAGCGCGCCCCGCCACAGCUUCGCUGCCUGCUCGGCACGGGCUACGAGCUAAAGAUCGAUUUUAUUUGCAAAUCUUUUGUAUACACUUUUUUCCCCCUUGGAAAGGGGAAGGGCGCGCAUUUGUUGGAGAACCCAGGACAGGGCUGGCCGGAGCGGGUGGGGAUCCUGCACGAAGGAACCGGCCUGCCCACCCGAGUCCUUCGCUUGGGGAGCUGGACAGACCGAGCUGGGCUGGGCCGGGCCGGGCCCCGGCCGAGAGGAGCGCGAAGGGGCCGGGCCACCGGAGUAUGGGACGGGCAGCGGCGUCUGCUCUCCGCACCUCGGACCUGAGGUUUUCCAGAACCUGAAGCUUCCCAGAGUGGCGAGGGAAAAAGACUGGAGAUUUCAGCAUUCUCCCCACCUCCACCCGCUCCCGCCCCCCGAAGAUUAAGCUCCCCUCCUUUUUUUUGUUCAAGACAAUUGCAAAUAAGUUAAGGAAAAAAAAAAGAAAAGCCACUUCUGGAUUCCUGGUUGUGAUAGUGAAGUUACCUCGCAUCUCUGCCCGACCUCAGGACACAGAUAGUACGGAGCAGAAGGCAGCGACGAUGCCCGACUCACCAGCUGAGGUGAAGACGCAGUCCAGGUCGACCCCCCCCAGCAUGCCUCCCCCACCUCCGGCCGUCACCCAGGGAGCCACCCGCCACCCUUCCUUCACACCAAACACAAAUCGAGAAGAUGGGCCUCCCACGUUUCUGCCCCCUGGCCGCUUUCAUGGCUGCUUGAAGUGGUCUAUGGUCUGUCUUUCUAGAGCGAGCGAGAGAGCGAGCGAGAGAGCGAGUGCGAGCGGGAGCGAACCUGAGCAGGCACGGGAGAGGCAGGGCUGCUGGCUUCCAGGACGACCCAAACACGGCGGGCAAGUGAUGAAUGGAAGUAGCCAUUCCCCGACGGCGAUCAAUGGAGCCCCAUCAACCCCCAACGGGUUCAGCAAUGGCCCAGCCACCUCUUCUACAGCCUCACUGUCCAACCAGCAGCUCCCGCCAGCCUGCGGUGCACGACAGCUCAGCAAACUCAAACGCUUCCUUACCACCCUGCAGCAGUUUGGGAAUGACAUCUCCCCUGAGAUUGGGGAACGGGUCCGCACCUUGGUGCUGGGGCUGGUGAAUUCAACCCUGACAAUUGAGGAGUUCCAUUCCAAACUCCAAGAAGCCACCAAUUUUCCUCUGCGUCCAUUUGUCAUUCCCUUUCUGAAGGCAAACCUGCCCUUACUGCAGCGGGAGCUCCUGCACUGUGCCCGCUUGGCCAAGCAGACCCCCGCCCAGUACCUGGCCCAACAUGAGCAGCUCCUUCUAGAUGCCAACGCUUCUUCUCCUAUCGACUCCUCCGAGCUUCUCCUGGAAGUCAAUGAGAAUGGCAAGAGGAGAACACCAGACAGGACCAAAGAGAAUGGGUUAGACCGAGACCCACUGCACCCUGAACACCUCAGCAAACGGCCAUGCACCCUGAGCCCUGCCCAGAGGUACAGCCCCAACAAUGGGCUGAGCCAUCAACCCAAUGGGCUGCCCCACCCCACACCUCCCCCACCUCAGCACUACCGCCUCGAGGACAUGGCCGUGGCCCACCACUACAGGGACACAUACCGGCCCCCUGACCCCCGAGAGCUGCGGGAGCGCCAUCGGCAAGUCGCUGUCCAUGGCUCCCGGCAAGAAGAAGUAAUUGACCACAGGCUCACAGACAGAGAGUGGGCAGAGGAGUGGAAGCACCUCAAUAAUCUCCUGAAUUGUAUCAUGGAUAUGGUGGAGAAGACGCGGCGCUCUCUCACGGUGCUGCGCCGAUGCCAGGAGGCUGACCGGGAGGAGCUCAACCACUGGAUCCGGCGCUAUAGCGACGCCGAAGACAUGAAGAAGGGCUCCAUCUCCGCCCCAUCCCGCCCACACAAUAGCUCCUCCAACUCAGAGGGUCCCCAAUUAGAAAGUCACCGGGAAUUUGUACCCCGGCCUCUAUCCGGUUAUAUGCCAGAAGAAAUCUGGAGAAAAGCUGAGGAAGCUGUGAAUGAGGUAAAGCGCCAGGCGAUGUCAGAGCUGCAGAAGGCCGUGUCGGACGCAGAACGCAAAGCCCACGAGCUCAUCACAACCGAGCGAGCGAAGAUGGAGCGGGCCCUGGCGGAGGCCAAGCGGCAGGCCUCCGAGGACGCCCUGACCGUAGUCAAUCAGCAGGAAGACUCCAGCGAGAGCUGUUGGAACUGUGGGCGCAAAGCCAGUGAGACCUGCAGCGGCUGCAACACCGCCCGCUACUGCGGCUCCUUCUGCCAGCACAAGGACUGGGAGAAACACCACCACGUGUGUGGCCAGACACUGCAGGGCCUGCAGGCGGCCGCGGGCCCCAGCCCGGCCAACGGGGUGGGCCCCAGCCAGCCGGACGUGGUGGCCGUGGCCGUGGCCGCCAGCCCCAGCGAGACCAGCUCGGCGGCCGCCUCCCGCUCGGGCACCCCGGCCACCCCGGCCCCCCUGGAGACCGCCUCCCGCUAGCCCCACCCAGGGAGGAGAUCAAAGGGAAUCUGAGAAUCUACAAAAGUCACUGCUGCUACUGCUUUUCUCCAAAAGAAAAAAAACUGCAUUCAAUGCAACUUCCUCAGCUACCUGACGAUUUCAUUCGACCUCCAAACGACCUCUAUCUCUUCGAGUGAUCCUCACAGAUCUUCAAAACUGGGCUUUAAAAGUGGAUUUCACAAAGAAAGUACAAACCUUCUUCUCCGUUAAUGUCUUUCUCUGUCUUGUCAAUUUCCCUCUCGUCUCUCUCUCUCUCCUCUCUCUCUUUCUCUCUCUCCUCUCUCUUUCUCUCUCCCACACUUUCUUGUUUUAUUUUUUUUUUUUAAUAAUUUGGUGGCUUAUAUUUUCAGUGAAGAAUUUUGUUUGGGGAGGGUGGGUGGAGGGGAGCUUGUUCCUUGGUUUGGGCUUGUGUUUGUUUUUUUUUCCCAAGAAGAGCUACUCAGAAAUGGACAAAGAAAACUGUGGGAUUUUCAUUUUUGAGUGUGUUUUUUUUUCAAUGAAAAGGGAAAAAGAACUGUUCUUUUUAUAGCUGGAUAUUCUGCCAAAUUGCCCCCUGUGUGAUGGGAGGGGCAGGUGCAGCAAAGACGGUAAGAAAGAUUACAAUUUCUGAUGCAAGAAAUGUUUUUGGUUUUAUUUUUAGUUUAUUUUUUUCAUUUUUUUUAAAUGUCAAACUCUUUGGCUUUAAGUAAAAAUCCAAAAAGAUUUUUAAAAACAAAAGUAAAGGAAGCUUACUUGUAAACUACCUUGCUAGCUAGCCAAGAAUACCAGAUACACCUCUGCUCCAAAGGAAAUCCAAAAAGCAAACUCUCACAAGAAAACCAAUCCAGACUCCUUUUUGUCACUGCCAAAGUAUUUUUUUUUCUGUUUUAUUCCUCUUGGGUUUGUUUGAUUUAGGGCUGGUUGGUUGGUUUGGGGUUCUUGGUUGGGGUUUUGCAUUUUUCACAGGGGAAAAAACCCCAGCUCUUUUUUAUUUUUUUAUUUUAUUUUAUUUUUUGGUCAAACAAGGACACUCAUUUGUCCCAACCAAACAAUGAUGACUACUCAACUGGUGAGUCAUUGGUACCAGCAGUGAAGAAUAAGGCCCCCAGCCCUAUUUUACCAGCUCAGCUCUCAGGCUUUGGAUCUCCCUGACCCCACCCCACCUUUCUGCCAGACUAUGGGAUUUGCAUCCGUGGCUUCAGAGUUUGGUUAUUAGACAUCAAUAAGGUAAAAGGAAAAAAAAAAUCAUCACGAUUGACCAAGCCGAGCCCAAGAAAAAAUUUAAACCAGUUUGUGUGUGGGUGUGAGAGUGUGUGUGUGUGUGUGUGUGUGUGUGUGUGUGUGUGUGUGUGUGUAAGGGGAAGAUACCUCUUAUUUUCCCACCCUCAAUGGAUUUUCAAAGCAUUUAAUUUUUCCGAUGAUGAAAAAAAAAAGUGCUCAAGUGUUCCUUUCCAGAGAGCAUUGUUCUGAAAAAAACAAAACAAAAAAAAAAACACAAAAAAACAAAAAACUGUGACAAUCUUUUGGAUUGAUUCUUGACUGCUUUUCAGAGCAUGAGCAGAUAGCAACUUAUACCAAUACUUUCUGCUUCUUGUUUUCCUCCUCUACCUCUCUUCUCUCCAUUUCCCCCCACCCCUUGUCACAGUAUCUCCUUAUUGCUGUUCUCCUCUCUUCCACACUUUUGCAGGAAAAUACAACAAACAACAACAGAAAAACAAACAAACAAAAAAAAAACCCACCUUUGUAUUCUGCCCCCAUCCUACCUUCUGAAGACUAUUUUGAUUGCCUGUAUAUAAACCCUUGCUUUUGUGUCCAGUUGUUCCCCAGAUGUUUUUUCCUCUGCUCCUUUGACGGAACAUGAUAGGUCUUUUCAUUUGAAGAUUUUCCCUAUAACUGGCACCCUUUUGCCCCCUUCCCUUGCCCCCUCUGACCCUUCCAACUCACACAAGGAUUCCUAGGAGGAAAUGAAGGAGAAAGAAAAUUAAUACUUGUACUUAAUGGAAGAAAAACAAAAGAGACAAUGCAGACUAUUUUGCAUUUUCUUGUAUCAUUGUACAAAGUACAGAGGACGGGAGUGCAAUAUGGAGAGUGGCCCAGCUACUGAAAUAUGGGGGUUUCAAAAAGAUUCCCAGCCAGGAGUCAAGAAGUCAAUAUUGUACGUUAAUGUGAAUGUAUAUAGUAUUUGCAGAGGUCCAAAUAAUGAUAUUAAUGAUGAUAAUAAAGAAAAGAUGUUUGCCAAAUAAAAAUAAGAGAAACCACUGAAGUAUGUAAAGUUUAGGAAACAGGUUUUAAGGGAAAAAAAGUCAAAGUGUGGUCCUUGGGGAAGCAAUGGAUUUUUUGUUUUCGUUUUGACUUUGUUUUGUUUUUUAUUGUUGUUAUAUCCCAGAGUCACAAAAAUCUGUUCUUUUUUUGUAAUGGAAAGGGAGGAGUAAAUUUUGAAUCACUGCCACCAGGGUCGUUGUCCAAAGGAAAUUCUGGCAGAUGAAACUUGAGUCCAGAAAGCAAAUUGGGUGUAAUGGAUGGGACAAAGAAGAUGUUAAUAAUCUCUUUCUCUGUACACACACACCAUACAGCAUCCCUCUGCAGUAUAGGGCUCUGUUUGCCUGAGCGUUGUUACAUGCAUAGAGGCUUCGAUGUUCCAUAGGUAUCCCAAGAGCUAAGACUUCUUUAAAAUUAAAAUAGUUCUGUAGGGAAAUCCAGGGCUGUUUGUUCAUGGUUUCCUCAGAUUUUGGCCUCUGUUCUCUCCCAAGCAUUGAGCUUGUUGACUGUACCAAUAUCAGAUGUGUAUAUGAUAUAAAUCUCUCCCACUCCCUCUCCCAGUUCAUCCUCCCAUGCAUCCUCUUCCUCAUGACCCUUGAUUCCUUGUCCUCUUCCUUUCUUCCCCUGUAGCCAAGUCAUUUGGUGCUUCUUGAAGCCCAGUUACAUUGAGAACGGAUGUGUUUCCCUCUGGGUUUGAAGGAUGGAUGUGGGUUCCUUCGUUUAGGAAGAUCACUAGACAGAUAAGGUCUGCCACUUUGCUGAGCUGGGCAAGAUUGAUCUAAAAGGAAACCUAACAGUAUUUUCAGUCCCGAUCUCCAAGGAGCAAAAUCAGUGAGGCUGUGUGGUGAGUUCAGAUGGAUUAGUGCCUGACUCACUCCUGGAGAGACAGAGCUUGGGCCUUGAUUUGGGCUGAUUUCAGGACAUUUUCUCCCUGACCCCAAGUCAUUCCCUGUUAGGACUGUGGAAAGAAGGCACUGGCAGUUGAAGGGGUCAGAGGCCCAACCUUAAGGUGGGAUCGUUGGUAUUGGCAAAUUCCCCACUCUACUUGAGCAGAAGCAUCGUCCUCGGGACAGCAGGUUGAUUUAAAUUGCAUCUUUUCUGAUAGAGGAAUCCAAGAUCUAGAAGGGAAAUGAGGGAACCUUCUUUCCUGAGCAGAUCUCUACCAGGGUAGGCUCUGUGGCAUCCUCACUUAUUAAUGUUCCCAGAUUGCAUUUCCAGUGUAAAAUCCCCCUAAUCAUUUCUAUCAGGCUCCUUCCUCUCUGUCAGGCCCUAUAAUCAGAGAAUCCAUGGAAAGCAGCAGCUUUUCAACCAGCUAGGGCUGGACAGCUUCCAUACAGAAGGCAGAGCACGUUUCCAUGGUUCC